UGAUAACAACUAUUGUAUUACAAAAAAAUCCAUUGAUAUGAAUCUACAUUGGCAUAUCUAUUCUUUUCUUUAGCGAAUUUUUAACCGAUUGUCAUUGCCAAUUUGUAGCAAGAACUGCACAGUCGUCAUUCUUGAUAUAUUGUUGUAGGGUUAAAAGCGUUCUGCAAGUUUAAAUUUAAUAAUUUAUAAAAAUGCCCAUCGAUAGCAAGGAACUGAUAAAAGCCAUUGCCAUUUUGGUCGAUCGAAAUGAAGUUCGUGCGACAUUUCAAGAGUCUGCCAAAGGAGCUGCAGUGGUUGGCCUUACCACCUUACUUAGUGGCUUAUUUUUGGGACCACGCGGAUUAGUUUUAGGAGCAGCUGUUGGUGGCGCAUUAGCAUAUGGAAUGGCCGAUGAUUCCUUCCGUCCAUUAGGUGAAAUCAUUUUAAACGAUCUGACCGAUGCACAGCGUGAGCAAUUAGUUCAGCAUGUCUAUAAGGCAGUCGAGAAAGUACAUCCCACAGAUCUAGUAAUGCUGUUGCCCUUAAUUAUGAGAAAUGUGCCUGUGCAACAGGUCGUUCUAGAUGCAGUUAAAUCCUUUGCCCAAGAACGCUUGAGUAUAAAUAUUAUGGAUUAACAUUCGACAUUGCAAUUGUUCAUUGUUUUAUCAACAGUAAAAUAAAUAAAUAAAACAAACAGACGCACGA